AUCAAUCCUACCUACAGUGUCAUCUAGAUUAUGAAACUCAAUUAGAAAAACCACCAUCUUUUGAUAAUUUUUGGUUUCUGUGGAUUGCAUCUAAAUAUAACGUUGUAUCAUACACUACCUUUACUGUAGCAUAUUUUAUAAGGGCUCAAGAGAGUGAGACUAGCUUUUUGAAAAGAGACUACUUAUUGAAAUAUUUGUUGAGGAAAAUUAUUACUACAAUUAGAUAUAGGGACAACAUACUAAAGGAAUCCUUUGAUAGCAUCGCUGAUAAAUUAUAUUAA